AUUUCAUUUAGGUUUAGCGACCUUCCAACUGAGCUUGCCCUCAUCAUCUUCGAGCAUGCUGCACGACCAACCUUUGCUCAAUAUGCCCCUUACACCAAAGACCCAUACUUAUCCGCCCUUUCACUAUGCAAGGUCUCCAAAAUUGUCAGGCGCACUGUACUGCCUGAACUUCUGCACACGGUAUUAUUGUUGGAAGCUUGCCACCUCCUUGCUUUCAUACGGGCUCUGCGUAUGCAGAAAAAAUACAUUGAUCAACAACAUGAAUUAGCUUUUGAUUACGCGUCUUGCAUCCACAGGGUGUCCAUCGGAGAGUUUUGGGGGGCUGUGCGAGACCCACUCGUUCCCUUCUAUCCCCCUGUCAUGGCUAAGCUUGACUGGGAGCUCGAUAUCAGUCUGCUAGCUCCAGUGAUCCUCGGUGUACCAUCCCUCGCAAUCAACUUUGACAGUCUAGAUAUUCUUUCAAAGUGCCUCAAAAAUGUAUACAACUCCAAUGUCGACUUGAAUAUUGACCACAGAAAUUAUCUGCGUCCUUGGAGCACGAAAAGUUUGACAUUAUUGGGUCACUGCAGUACUCCAUGGUGGUCCCUCGUGGAGUCUGCCCAUGGAUAUGCUUUCCUCGCUUCCAUCCAACACCUCACCGUACUCUUUCCCACA